CAGUUAUUGCAGAUUGGAGACUCACACGCUCAGGGAGUCAUUUGACUCAUCUCUAACAUCGAGCGACAGAACCUUCAGGAGUGACCAAAAGAAGCGGCCAUCAUGGCAAAAAAAUCGUUUGUAUCCAAGGGUAUCGCCACUGCCUUUGUCAUCCUGACCGUCUCUGCCCUUGUCGGCAUUGUCACCAUGGUCAUUUUGUACAACACUCAGAUCUCGAAGAUGAACCCGACACCCAGGCCAACCAUCUCAGUCACCACCCCAGGACCACCACCUGUCAUGCGGCUGCCAACAAAUCUGAUACCUGAGAACUACAAGGUGUUCCUCCAGCCCCACCUCUACACAAAAAUCAUCGAGGAGGUAAAUGUUACCAGUCCAAACCAGACAAUGCUUUUCACAGGGAACUCUACUGUUGACUUCCACUGUGUCCAGAAGACCAGCACCAUCUACCUUCACAGCUUGGACCUGGCAGUUUCUGGACCGGUGGUGAUGGACAAAGACAAAAAUGAGUUGAUACGUGCUUCCGCACUGAAGUACCAUGAGGAUGGGAGUAACUUCCUUGAGAUCCAAUUGAGUGAUGCGUUGGACGCUGGAGGAAAUUACAGUUUGUUCCUGGCUUUCAAGGGAGAAAUCUCACAAAGCCUCGAGGGCCUGUUUUUAAGCAUAUAUGUUGAAGGUCAACCAGCUCAUGAAGAGGAUACCAAUGUAGACAGAUUCCUUGCAACCACCAAUUUGCAACCAUCAGAUGCCAGGAGAGUUUUUCCUUGCUUUGAUGAGCCAGAAAUGAAGGCUGUGUUUGGUGUGACCAUCAUCCACAGGCGAGGCACCAUAGCUCUGGGAAAUUCAGAACAAUCAGAUUCCAAUAUUAUAGACGAGGAAUGGAAAUAUACUCAAUUUCAUCCAACCCCGAGGAUGUCGACAUACUUGUUUGCCUUUGCAGUUUCUGAAUUCACAUCAGUCUCCUCUGCACACGAGCGUGUGGCCAUUAGAACGUAUGCUCGUCCAGAAGCCAUUAGAUUAGGACACGCUCAAUAUGCAGCCAACAUCACCGGAAAGGUUCUAACCUACUACGAGAAGCAUUUUGGAAUCAGUUACCGACAAAAAAAGCUUGAUCAAAUUGCAAUGCCAGACCUGUCUCCCUCAGCGAUGGAAAACUGGGGACUGAUCAUGUACGAGCAGGGGGGGCUUCUCUUUGAGGAAGGAGUGUCUUCACUGUUGCACAAGGAAUUGAUCAUCACACUCAUUGCACAUGAACUUGCACACCAGUGGUUUGGAAACCUGGUGACAAUGAAAUGGUGGAAUGAAGUCUGGCUGAAUGAGGGCUUUGCCACCUACAUGACAGACUUUGCAAUAGACAGUGUUGAGCCAACAUUUAAAAUGCAUGAAGCAUCUAUUUUGGGCCAACUCCGCACAGCGUUUGAGGAAGAUGCUCUGGAAACAUCUCAUCCUCUCAGUCCUCCAGAAGAAGAUGUCCAGGAAAUGUAUCAGUCACUCAUGAUGUUUGAUGCUAUAACCUACAGUAAGGGAGCAGUCGUCCUGAGAAUGCUCGCAGAUAUCGUGGGUGAAAGCGUUUUUCACAAAGGAAUAAAGAGGUACCUGGCUGACUUUAGCUAUAAAAACACGGACCAGAACGACCUCUGGGAAUACAUACAAAAGGCAGUAAAUGAGGAUGGCGGUCACACCAAGGUUGCCAGGGUGAUGAACACUUGGACCAAGCAAAUUGGCUAUCCUGUCAUCACUAUCAACACCACCUCAGGAGAGAUAUACCAGAAGCACUUCCUUUUCAAUGAUUCCUCUGAAUCAAGUCUUUGGUGGUACGUCCCAAUCAGAGUGAUGUCAGGUACAUCUGAACCGACCUUUGUGUGGUUGGAAACCAGUGACACAGUAACGAAAGACGAAUUUAUUUCUAAAAAUGGAGAGUGGAUCCUGGCAAAUGUCAACUGUGUUGGAUACUACAGAGUCAACUAUAACCCAGAGAACUGGCAUCGCCUCCUGACUCAACUGGAGAGGAACCGAUUUAGGAUCCCACUGAUUAACCGAGGGCAGCUUGUUGAAGACGCUUUUAACUCAGCAAGAGCCAAAAUCGUUGACGUGACUCUGGCUUUGAAUGCAACCCGCUUCCUUCAGAAUGAGACAGAGUUCCUUCCAUGGGAAUCAGCAGUCAGGAACCUUGAGUACUUUGUCCUCAUGUUUGACCGCUCAGAGGUUUAUGGUCCAAUGCAGGCAUACCUCAGGGAACAGGUUAAGGGCCUGUACAACCACUUCAGGAAUGAGACAGACAAUUCACAAGUCCCAACGGACCACUCCUCACAGCGCAACCAGAUCACCGCCAUAAAGGUGGCUUGUUCCAAUGGACUCCCAGACUGUAUAGACAUGGCUACCACUAUGUACUCCAAGUGGAUGAACAGCAACAACUCCGCAAACAUCAUCCACCCCAACCUGCGGUCAGAGAUCUACUGCCAAGCUGUGGCUGCUGGUGGGAAGGACGAGUGGGAGUUUGCCUGGGACAGGUUUCAGAGCACCAGUGACACCUCAGAGAAAGAGCAGCUCCGUAGAGCUCUGGCCUGCACCAAGAGGAUCUGGCUGCUAAACAGAUACCUGGAGCACACUUUGAACCCUGAGAUGAUACGUCUAAUGGAUGUUGCUUCCACUAUCAACUACAUAGCCCAGAACGUUGCAGGGCAGGCCCUGACAUGGAACUUUAUCAGAGCACACUGGGAAUACGUCAGACAGGAGCAUGCAGCCUUGCUGAUCGAAGGAGUGACCCGCAGGUUCUCAACACAGUUUGAGCUGGACGAGCUGGAGCGUUUUGCGGUUGAAUACCAGCUGCAAUCUGGUUCCAGGGUGGCGGAGCAGGCCAUAGAGCAAACCCGAGUGAACAUCCAGUGGAUCAGCGAGAACAAAGAGGCUGUACUAGAGUGGUUCGAAAGAGAAACAGCCUCAUAGAGUGGACAACAAACAUCACCAUUAUUUUCGGGCCUCACGGAUCGUGAUGCUGGACCAUUUUGCAUUGUCACUAAAACCACUUCAAAAAUAAGAACCAAUCAAGAGUCAGCCUCACUCUGACAGGAGUUUGGGGUCUCCAGGGAGAUAAUCAUGAUAUGAGAGCCAAUUUGAAAAACUAUCAUAUGCCAAACUCUAAUAUAUAGUAUAGUACUAACAAUGAAUGAGAGAAAUGUGGAACAGGGAGAAUACACAGCAAUGUGUAUGUAAAUACUCGAGUGCAUUAUUUAUAAAGUAUGUUCAGUGUAAAGCGUCAGAGUGAUACGAUUUUUACGGCGCUGAGUUUUGCACAUGAUGCUGAUUCAGCAUCAGACCAGGUUAAUGUGUCGUUGUUUUCUGUUUGUAGACUUUAUUUGUUUAAUCACUACUCAAAUAAUAUGAAGAAACAUAUACAGUUUCGAUUAUUGAUUACUAAAAUGAUAUGGCCAGUGUCACAAUGCAUCGUGGUAUUUGUUUAAUGUAAGACAUGAUGAGACAUUCAGCACAUCACAAUCAAUCCCAAACAUCAACGUCAAAAAAACAACAAUAAUAACUUCAUGGUAGACCAGGUAUGUGUUUGUAAAGGUGAAAAUUCUUCUAAUCUUCUUUUUUUGUAGUAUGUUUUUCUCCUUACUACAUGUGUACUAGCAGUGAAUAAAUGGGAUUAAACGAAAGCAAAUUCCAAAAGCAUUUUGAUGUUGCCAAUUUCUCAUUUGCACGCAUCACCGGUCAUAACCUCCUCUGUUGUUAUUGGGAUCAUGUCGUCAUGUGUAAUAUAUGUGUUGUAAUCAAGCUAUCAGAUUUUUCCUGCAUUUUGCAAGAUUGUUAUUUUAAUAAUAAAAUAUUCACAUGUUGUGUUAAA